UCCAUGGGCAGGCGCCUGCAUGCAUGCGCUCAGUGCUCUGAUUCCUGCUCGCUCCCCGCUCCUUUCCUGCUGCUUUUUGUCCUCUGCUCUCCAAAAUUCUCCUCCUACGGCUCGAAAGGGGCAGGCAACAGAAAGCAAAAUCAAGAUUUGCAGCGGCGUUGCGAUGCCCGGGCCACCACCACCACCAUCAAUCCAUUUCAGCUCAUGAUCAGCUUCUUCUUCUCCAAGGCUUGCAGCAUGCAAACCCCCUUUAGCUCCCUGCUGCCGUUCCGGAGCUUUCCCUGUGGAGAUGAAUCGCUUCCACCACCAGCAACUCCUUCCCGGCUGCUCUGCUUCUUCUCCGCACAAGCAAAGACGAUCUUUUUGGAUGUUCCUAGUGACGUUACGAUUGAGGUAGCUGGUGUGAGAUUUCAGCUUCAUAAGUUCCCGCUGGUCGCCAAGAGUGGCAGGAUCCGUCGGAUCUUGUCGGAAUCCAUAGACGGCGACAAGAUUCAGCUGCCGGGUCUACCCGGCGGUCCCGAGACAUUCCGGCUCGCCGCCAAAUUCUGCUACGGCGUCCAUUUUGAGCUCACGGCAGGCAACGUCGCCGAGCUCCGCUGCGCCUCGGACUACCUCGAGAUGACCGGCGACUACGCCGGCGACAACCUCGCGACCCGGUGCGAGGCCUACCUCGAGGAAGUCGUCUGCAAGAACCUCGAGUUCUGCGUCGAAGUGCUGCGCCACUGCGAAGGUUUGCUCCCCCUGGCCGACGAGCUCGGCGUGGUGAGCCGGUGCGCCGACGGCGUCGCCGCCACGGCCUGCGCGGAGCAAAUCGCCGCCAGCUUCUCGCGACUGGAGUACAGCUCCGGGAGGCUCCACGUCACCAAGAAGAGCGAUCCCAACUCCGGCGAGGACUGGUGGAUCCAGGACCUCUCCGUCCUCCGCAUCGACCUCUACCGGCGGGUGGUGGAGGCCGUCAAGGGCCGCGGAAUCCGCCCGGAGAGUGUCGGAGCUUCGCUCGUGGAUUACGCCGAGAAGGCGUUCCGCAAAAGGCCCGCCAGAGCCGCAACCGGAGAAUGCGAAGGGAAGGCGGUGGUAGAAACGAUCGCCAGCCUUCUUCCGGCGGAAAAGCACGCCGUCUCCGUCAAUUUCCUCUUCGGCCUCCUUCGCUCCGCCAUCUUUCUCGACUGCUCGACGACCUGCAGGCUAAUUCUCGAGACAAGAAUCGGAUCUCAGCUCGAAUCGUCUUCCCUCGACGAUCUCCUCCUGCUCUGCGCUCACAAUUCCGGCGAAACAAUCUUCGACGUCGACACCGUGCACAGAAUCCUUCUGAUCUUUUCUCAUCAAGAGGAGAGCGACGACGAUGACGACGGAUCUAAUUUCGAAUCGGACGGCGGUCACGCGCUGGACAAAGUGGCCAAACUGGUCGACGGCUACCUCGCAGAGAUCGCUCCAGACGCCAACCUCAAGCUCGCAAAGUUCAUCGCCGUGGCGGACACUCUGCCUGCCUACUCUCGAUCAUCGCACGACGGAUUGUACCGCGCCAUCGACAUCUACCUCAAAGCGCACGAUCAGGCGCUGUCGGAAAUGGAGAAGAAGCGGCUCUGCAAGCUGAUUGACUUCCACAAGCUCUCGCCGGAAGCCUGCGCCCACGCCGCACAGAACGAGAGGCUCCCCGUGCAAGCGACCGUGCAGGUGCUCUACAUCGAGCAGCUGAGACUCCGAAGCACCCUGUGCUGCUCCCCGCCGCCGGAGAAGCUCGGCAGCGGAGCGGUGCUCGUCGCGGGGGGAGUCGCCGGGAUCUCCCCCCGCGACAGCUACGCGUGCCUGAGGAGGGAGAACAAGGACCUGAAGCUCGAGCUGGCGAGGAUGAGGAUCCGGCUGAGCGACCUCGAGAAGGGCCAUGCUUGCAUGAAGCAUGACGUGAACAAGAAAUCCCACUCGCGCAAGCUCGUAGUUGCAGUGACGAAGAAGAUUCGAAAACUGAACUUGUUUACCGCCGGCAGUCCUUCGAGUAAACAUGAACCAUAAGUUUCUAACAGAUCUUCAAACUUAUUGUGGCUCUUCAAGUUUAACGAUUUAAUGUAAUUGGAGAAUGUAAUGUUUUUGAUACGGAUUUUAUGAUUUGGUUAGUCUUAAUUAAUCAACUUUUAUGUUUUUGUUAAAUGAUCUAAAGUUGUAUCGAUGAUUAUUUAACAUUUAUAUAUUUUUUUUCCA